GCGCUCUGUCUCUGCUGUGCUGCAAUAGUUUAUUGUUAUCCUUAUGUGUUAUAAUACCACCCGCAUUCGCUAAUGCUAUGGUCCAUUACUAAUAGCAGAGGAGGGUCCUUCCAGGUCGAGAUGUGAACGAUCGGGAAAGUAUGUAAGAAAAUGAAAGUCGAGUCAUUUGCCCUUGACUGCUCGCCAUGACCCAACGCUCGUUCACAAUCCGCGUCCCAGCGACCUCAGCCAACAUCGGACCAGGGUUUGAUGUUGUCGGGCUCUCACUCUCGCUUUAUCUCACUUUGAAAGUUACGAUCACCCCACCGACCGCCACUUCCCCUGCUCGUCCUCCCACACUCACUUAUUCUGGCGAAGGCGCCGAUGAAGUUCCUCUUGACGCGUACAAAAACCUUACAACCCGUGUCGCUCUCUAUGUUCUGCGAUGUCACGAUAUAACCAGGUUCCCUGCAAAUCUCUCCAUUCAUGUUGAUAACGAAAUUCCUUUUGGGCGCGGAUUGGGUUCGUCUGGUGCAGCAGUCAUUGCAGGCGUGUUGUUGGGCAAUGAACUUGGCGAAUUGAACCUCUCGCAAUCUCGAAUGCUGGAUUUCGCUUUGAUGGUUGAACGCCAUCCUGACAAUGUCACCGCUGCACUAGUGGGCGGAUUUGUUGGGUCAUACCUGAGGGAGCUGGAUCAUGCGGCUACCGAAGCUGCAAGUGUCCCCCUCAGCGAAGUAUUGCCAGAAUACCCUCCAGACGCAUGCGAGGAGUGGGGAUUGAAUCCCCCUCAACCACCGUUUGGUAUCGGACACUUUGUUCGGUUCGGUUGGUCAAGUUGCAUCAGUGCCGUCGCUAUAAUCCCGAGGUUCGAAUUGAGUACGGCAAAAGCGAGAGAAGUACUACCGCUGGAGUACUCACGGAAGGACUUGGUGAGUAUAUACGCUCUCAUCUUCAGCUCUGCUCUUAUUUUCGUACAGGUGUUCAAUCUCCAACGAUUGGCAGUGCUCACAACUGCUCUUGCUCAAGAACCCCCAGAUCCUGAAUUGAUCUAUGAAGCCAUGAAGGACAGGAUACAUCAACCGUACCGAAAGACGUUGAUUCCUGGCCUUCCGGAGGUGACUUCGAACAUUACUCCAGACACACAUCCCGGUCUUCUGGGUAUUUGUCUCUCAGGCGCAGGGCCCACGAUCCUGGCACUAGCUACAGGAGGAUACGAGGCAAUUGCUGAGGAUGCCAGGAAAAUAUUCCGAGAAAAGGGCAUUGAAGUUGACUGGAAAGUGCUUACCGUCACCGGCGGCACCUCAUUAGAACACCACUAAAAAGGUCAUGAUAGACAUUCCUGAAAAUGUAUAGAGGCAGGUAUUAUAACAUUAAAUGCUAUUC